CGUGACUCACAUAAUGCGGAAGAAAUUGAGCGUGUUGAAGAAAGCUGCAGAGACUCGUUUCAAAACAUUUCUGGUUCCAUAAAAAAAUGUACCUGCUAGUUAAAAUGGUUAUGACAAGCCGAGCCUAGUAGUUCAGAAAAUAGUCAAACCAUGACUUAGGGAGGCACAUUGUUUACUAGCCAGGCCAGCUGUCGAUGAUGUUUUGCUGGCAAUGAAUAAUUAGCUAGCUAACGUUUAAAAUCACCCUUUGCCGCGCCUGCUAGCUAAUUGGAAAGUUUCCCCAAGUGAAUGGGGAAAUGGACCCUACAACAUUUUCAGGUCCCCAUCUCCCUCUAUCCUCCCUGCGUCUCCUGGUGCCACCACUACGUCUGAUGUCUGCAUCCAUGUGGCAAGUGGCACAGCAGCGUAACGUGAUGCAGUAUGGGAAGCUGGAGGAGUUUGUGACUCUGGUGACAGAGAUGGUUCCGGAGCUCCUGACGCUCAAGCAGAGGGUCCAACUCAUCCUGGGACUGAGAGCGAGGCUGGUUCUUGAAUUGUGUCGUGGUUUGGAGUCUAACCCAGCUGGCUACAAAACUAUCCAGCCCCACCUGGACAGAAUCCAUUCAUGCACAACACAUAAAGGGAGCGAAGACAAGGAAGUGGAGGCCUCAAAGGAUAACUUUGUGGAGCUGGUCCAAACUCUGCUUGAAGACUCAAUGAAGAGGGAACAUUUUUUUCAGGAGGUGUUCCCUGUACAGUACAGCACUAGGUAUGACACAGCACUACAGAUACUGGUGUGGCAGUUCUUUGACAGACUGGAGGAGAUGAUGCCAGUGCCCAGCUUUACACAGACAGCAUCCAUUCUCAACCUGACCCCUACUGACCUGGAAGAGUGUCAGCAGUCUUUCUCUGAUCCUGAGCAUCUGAAAACACUGCUGCAGCAUCAUAGAAAUCUGGGGCACCUAAAAAAAGAUUUUUUGUUCUAUGACUCUGAUAACAUCCUGUCCACGUUGUCCUUCCUCGCUCCCUCACUGAAGUCUAAACAUACCAAAAGAGGCAUAGAAGAAGGCACGGUGAAGAACGAGAGCGAUGUGAGGAGAAAGGGAGAGAAGGAAGAGGCUGAAGGACCGAAAGAACAGGAGAGUGGUGAGGAGGGACAGCAAGAAGUCAGUGGGGAGGACCAAGAUGCCAGUGAGGGAAGUGAUGAGGGCGCUGAAAGACUGGAAGAGGCUGGGGAAUCCUCUGGGAAUUCUGGGCAGCAAAAACAGCCAGCAUUAGUGGCCAUCAAUGGACAAGCUAAAGCCAAGCCCCCCCAGUCCCAGGGCUUUUCCUGCUCACAGUGCCAGUUCUCCAACAGGAGAUGGCUCACCCUUCAGAAGCACAUCAAGAAGAACCAUCCAAAGGAGGACAGUGGGAUCGUGGACUCUGGAGAAGCUGGAGCUGAGAACAACGUCCUGCCUGUCAGUGAGACAGAAAGCUCCUCGGCCAAGAAGACCAGGAAGAACAGGUACAUCUGCUCCCAGUGUGGGAAGGGUCACAAAUGUUCAUAUGAACUGAGACGACACGAAACCGUUCACUCUGAGGUGAAGCCCUUCCAUUGUGACCAGUGUGAGAAGAGAUACAAAACAAAGGUGGCUCUAAAACAACACCAUCGAGUUCACACUGGAGAAAGGCCAUAUGUUUGCUCACAUUGUGGCAGAGGCUUUAGGUCUGCGGGAACUUUACAAUCACAUGUACGCACCCACACCGGGGAGCGACCUUUUGUCUGUUCUAUAUGUGGGAAGGGAUUUAUUCAACAUCAAAUACUGAUAGGUCACCUCCGGUGGCAUAGAGGUGAGAAGCCGUUCUUAUGUACCGUUUGUGGAAAGAGUUUUAGUACUUCAGGUGCCUUGUUGGUACACUCACGAACACACACGGAUGAACGCCCCAAAAGCUGUGAGCAUUGUGGGAAGAGGUUUAGAAGAUGUUACGAUCUCACAAUACAUCGGCGGAUCCACACGGGUGAGCGGCCGUUCUCCUGCACACAGUGCGACAAAUGCUUCACGUCCCACAGCGACCUUAGCAGACACAUGCGAAUUCAUACAGGAGAGAAACCUUACCAGUGUAAAAUGUGCGAUAGGAGAUUCACUGAAAGUGGCAACCUGAAAGUACAUCAGCGGGUUCAUCGGGGAACAGCCACAAAUGUACGGGUUUCAGUGUGUAAUAUCAGUACGGCCCACCACAAGUCACCAAGUGUGGCAAGAAAGAAGGAAAGAAAGAAAGACAAUGUUCCACCACUCCUUGUUGGACAGGAGUUGCCGUAGCCACAGUGUAUCAUGUUCUAAGAACACACAUUUUGGAACAACGUUAUGAUUCCCGGGCCAUAAAAAUGAUAUUUUUUAUUUCAUUUAAAGUUGACUUGCAUUGUAAUAACUUUCUCAUAGUAGCAAGAUAAUUGGCUAUUUUGUGAUAGCGAGGCAUUUAAUGACAGCGUAAUAUGAUUUCUCUUAAUAUUAAUGUCAUUGGUUACUUUAUUUCUCAAGGUGGUAGCUUUUCAACACCAUAUAUUAGGUAAUCACGCAUACGUAUUCACUGUAUCCUGCCCACUCAGUCACUGAAAUGAAAGCUUGUCAGUCAAGUAGGGUCAAACAUUUCAUAACGGAUUGAUACAGGAGUACUGUUAUUGCAGAAUUACACAGCAAGGUAAUAUUACAUUUGUGGUGUGGCCCUCUGGACCACAUCGAAGACAGAAUGUGGCCCCUGAAGAAAAUUUGAGUUUGAGACUCCUGGUCUUGAGGGACAUUGAGCUCUCUACAGGACUAUGUUGGUGAAGAUAGUGAUGCUCGUUAGAUCUAUAGUUUGACUAAGGUGAUUUGUCUAAACCAGUGAUUCCCAACCGGCAAAACUUUUCCUCAUCUUGAUUAAAAAAAUAACACUCACUUAUAAACGUGACCUGUGGAAUGCACAUGGAAUUUUGAUUUGGGAGCACUCAUGCUGGUCAGAUAAUACAUUAAAUGGCACAUGGUUACAUCUGUAUCAUUUUUUCAAGUCCAGUGCACUUUUUGUAUUAUUUGGAGGGGUGCGCAUCAUAAGCAAAGUCAUCUAUCAUUGAAAAAAUACAAUAUAUUUUUUUAAAGAACAAGCUAACUACUGAUUUUAAGUGUACAUAUAGGGAAGGGACUCAACUUGUACUGCACUGACUCAGAGGACUGAUUGGCUAAAAUACAUGGAUAAUAAGAUGGUAGUUGGAGCUGUAUAGUUAGAUUUCAGUGCAGCCUUUGAUAUUAUUGAUCAUAAUGUUAUUGAAAAUACUCACUUUUGGCUUUAUAAUCACCUGCUAUCACAUGGUUGGAGAGUUACUUGUCUAUCCAAUAGAACUCAGAGUAUUCUUCAAUGGAAGCUUCUAACAUACAGUGGGGAGAACAAGUAUUUGAUACACUGCCGAUUUUGCAGGUUUUCCUUCUUUUAUCAUAGGUACACUUCAACUGUGAGAUGCGGAAUCUAAAACAAAAAUCCAGAAAAUCACAUUGUAUGAUUAAGUAAUUAAUUUGCAUUUUAAUUUAAUUUGCACUCAGUAAAAGGCACAUUACAGACCGCUUGGAGUUUGACAAAAGUCACCUAAAGACUCUCAGACCAUGAGAAUCAAGAUUCUCUGGUCUGAUGAAACCAAGAUUGAACUCUUUGGCCUGAAUGCCAAGCGUCACGUCUGGAGGAAACCUGGCACCAUUCCUACGUUGACGCAUGGUGGUGGCAGCAUUAUGCAGUGGGGAUGUUUUUCAGCGGCAGGGACUGGGAGACUAAUCAGGAUCGAGGGAAAGAUGAACGGAGCAAAGUACAGAGAUCCUUGCUUAAAAACCUGCUCCAGAGUGCUCAGGGCCUCAGACUGGGGCAAAGGUUCAGUUUCCAACAGCACAACAAUCCUAAGCACACAGCCAAGACAACACAGGAAUCUAGAAUCACUUGAAUCUCCUUGAGUGGCCCAGCCAGAGCCUGGACUUGAACCUGAUCAAACAUCUCUGGAGGGACCUGGAAAUAGUUGUGCAGCCAGAGCCUGGACUUGAACCUGAUCAAACAUCUCUGGAGAGACCUGGAAAUAGUUGUGCAGCCAGAGCCUGGACUUGAACCUGAUCAAACAUCUCUGGAGAGACCUGGAAAUAGUUGUGCAGCCAGAGCCUGGACUUGAACCUGAUCAAACAUCUCUGGAGAGACCUGAAAAUAGUUGUGCAGCAACACUCCCCGUCCAACCUGACAGAGCUUGAGAAGAUCUACAGAGAAGAAUGAGAGAAACUCACCGAAUAAAGGUGUGUCAGGCUUGUAGCGUCAUACCCAAGAAGACUCGGCUGUAAUUGCUGCCAAAAGGUACUUCAACAAAGUACCAAGUAAAGGGUCUGAGUACUUACGUAAAUGUAAUCUUUAAAAAAAAGAAAACGUUUUAGCUGUCGUCAUUAUGGAGUAUUGUGUGUAGUUAGAGGGGAAUUAAAAAAAAAAAAAAAAAUUGAAUAAGGAUGUAACGUAACAAAAUGUGGAAUAAGUCAAGGGGUCUGAAUAGUUUCCGAAUGCUCUGUACAUACGCCACUAUGGGUUUCUUCACUACCCAAACCAAAAACAGAUUUAAUGCACCGCUCAGUUGUGAAGAGCCAGUUCAUCGUGGAAUGCUCUGCCACCAGUUUAGUGUCUUGUAUCACAGCGCCACUCCUCUAUAAAGAUUUUAUGUAACUGUA